AUGUCUGACUUUUCGAGCUUCACGGGCAAGUUCCGAGCCCAUACAAACGCCGCACAAUAUUCGUCCGCUCCCAAGGUCACGAAACGACAAAGAGAAUCGCAUGUCUGCAACCAGUGCAGAAAAUCCAAACUUCGCUGCGAUCGGGGGCAGCCGUGUACUAGUUGUUUGAAAAGAAACGAGCCACAUUUCUGCUCGUAUCGCCAGAAUGCAAAUUCACGACAUAGCGGCGGCCAUCAAGCGGCCGUUGAAAGCAGGCUGGCACAUCUGGAGUCUUUGAUUACGGAUUUUUUGAGCCAACGGGAUCUUAGCUCGUCCCAGGAGUAUUUGGCUUCCCAAGAGUCCGUAGAGGUGGCGGGAAAUCACUCGAGAGAGGAAAAGUCAGACGCGCCGGAAUACGCCGGGUUCACUCACUGGUCUGCAGUCCUGGACGACAUCCACGAACUGAAGGCUGUUCUAGGUGGACCUCGCGGUGAAUCGCCUGCUCCCUCAAAAUCUGUGCUCACGUCAAGCAGAGAUCCGAUCUUCGGGUCUCCAGAUUCCUAUAGUCUGCAAGAGAUCAUUGAUGAAUAUCUACCGGCAAAAAUUGACACGGAUCGCCUUCUUUCGAUAUACUUUCAGGGCGAGACUUUUAUUGUCCCAUUCAUUCAUGCUUUUCAGUUCCAGCGCGCCUAUCAAGAAUUUUGGGAAGACCCUAAAGCAGUCAACCCGUUGUGGCUUUCCAUCCUUUUUUCCAUUUGUUGCAUGGCAUCUCUCAUCAGGGAAAAGUCCGAGUCUAGCGGACUAUCUCCACCACUUAUGGCCUCUCAGAGCGCUAGACUUCAUACAGCGGCCGGAUGCUGCCUGGUCGUCGGGGAGUACCAUCGGCCACAGCCUUAUGCGGUAGAAUCACUCGCGGUAUACGCCCAUUGUAAGAACUUGAGAUCCUUGGAUCCUUCCAGAGAAGCCGGGACAAUCAUAGGCAUGGUUGUACGCAUGGCGUACCAAAUGGGUUAUCACCGAGAUCCGGACUCUUUCGGGUCUCUGACCGUUUUUGAAGGUGAAAUGCGGCGACGAUUUUGGGCGGUAACCAGGCAGGUCGAUGUGAUGAUCUCGUUUCAACUUGGCCUUCCAAGCAAUAUCUGUCCGGAGAACUGCGACACCAAGUCACCAAGAAAUCUUUUAGACUCGGACUUUGACGUUGACACCCAAGUCCUACCGGCUUCUCGAUCCGAGAACGAGCCCACGAAACUGUUGUGGUUUAUUAUCAAGGACCGGCAACUUUUCAGCUUCUGCAAGAUCUGCCAAGAUGCGCUCUCAUUCACGGAAAAGUCCGAAGCGGAAGUUCUCCAGUUAGACCAAGAGGUCAGACAGACGCAUACGACGGUGCCAGAUAUUCUUCGAACACGCCCACUUUCAGAAUCAAUCACAGAUGACCCCUUUCUCAUCAUGACCCGGACUUAUAUUGAAUUUAUCCAUCUCAAAAGUUUAUGUAUUUUACACCGCAAAUACAUGGCUCGAGGUAGUAUUUUUAGCGCCAAGAUCUGUAUCGACUCCGGAAGACAGCUAGUCAGCCAGUUCAUCGAGAUGCACAAGGAAAUAUCGCCUGGGGGUCGCCUAUAUGCCACGCGUUGGAUGCUCACCAACUUUACCAUGAACGAUUUCCUGCUCGGCGUCAUGGUGCUGUGUCUGGCUGUGCAUACCUACCGGAAAGGGACUCUACAGUCCCCUGUCAUCGACGCCUUUGUUGAGGGCGAAUUGCUCCAACUACUCCAGGAGUCAUUUGAUAUCUGCGUGGAGAAAUGUCCAGUCUGCAAAGAUGCACAGCGAGUUUCGCACGUGUUGCGUCUCGUUUUGAAUGGCGCUUCAGCACCUGGCACAGCUGAGCCUCAACGAGGCGGAAUCAACCUGGAAACACUGUCUCUACAAGCAGACCACGGUCAUGCAGACGAGGCUCUGCCUUUCGAUAUCACCGACUCGUUCGCGUUUAUGGGCAAUGAUUUGGAGAGCCUCGACUGGUUCCAUCUCGACCCGCCACUCUAUAGCUAA